UAGGAUGGGAAGUAGGGUCCAGUUUACCUCAAGAGAUUAGAAUACCAUUUCAAAUACAUUGCAACUGGAGCCCCAAUUUUCUUCUUCCUUUCGAGUUUUAUACGAAGACAUUGGAGCUUUUCGGUGAAUCGGUUUCUACUGCAAUUUUCGCUACCCGCACGUUUAAUUGUAUAAGCCUCACUGCUGCAUAAACAAUGCUUUCUGGACUCAAGUUCAUUCCCCGCGACAAGAUUGAAAGAGCACAAAAUGAUGACUCAGAUGAUUCUUUAAAAGAGAAGAAAAAAUCCAGUAGCAGAAAGGCAAAACAUAGGAUGAAAACGAAGAGUUCUAGGUGCAGUAGUUCGGAUGAUGAGGAUGUCCAGAGAAUUAAGAAACGGUCUAGCAAGAAGAAGUGGUACUCAUCAGAUGAGAAUUCCUCAGGUGAAAGUGCAGGCAAUUCUGGCGAAGAAAAUAAUGGUCGGGAUAAGAGGAAGAGUAGGAGUAAGGGUAAGCGAGGUAAGGGUGAAAUUUUGGUGGAUGAUGAUAGUGAUAGGUCAAAGAAGAAAUCAAGACAUAGGGAAGAUAGAAGGAGAAAGAGCAAGGAUAGAGGGGAUCGAGAGGAUAUCACUGCAGAAGACUUGUCUGAAAGUGAUGAAGGAACUACUCAUUCCAUGAAGGAGAUGGAAAUUGUGAGAAAAGAAAUGGGAUUAGAAUGGAUGCUUCGACCUGCAGAAAGGAGGGUGGAAAGGCCUGUAGUAACUAUUGACAACCACUUAGAAGAAACUCCCACUGAGGAGAUAAAUAAGGUGCAUCCCAAGGAAUUGAAUCCUUAUUUGAAAGAUGAUGGUAGUGGUUAUCCAGAAGAUACUAACGGAAGCAAAGCUAGUGGCGACCGACUUUUAUCUUCUUCUGUUGUUGGAGAUGGAGGUGCAAGCUGGAGAAUGAAAGCCUUGAAGCGUGCACAAGAACAAUCGACCCGAGAAGGGCGGAGGCUUGAGGAAGUUGUUGAAGAAAGGUGGGGUUCUCUUGGUCAACUGGCUGUUUCUGUAGCAUCUCGUUCAGCUGCUCCAUCUCGAGCUCAUCUACGUGCCAUAAAUGAUAGGAAGAGAGGGGAACAACGAACAGGUUCAGACAAUCAAAGUGGGACAGUUACCAAAAAGGGGCAUGACUUGAAGGAUGUACCUUUCCAGCAUCAUAAAAUGAGGGAGCCUAAAGUUCAAGAUUCUUUAUCGUGGGGAAGGCGGAAAAAUCAAAAUAUGUCUUCUAAGGAUGAUGGACUUAUAUCUUCUGCAGUAUCUAGCUUAAAUAGGUUUGCCAAUGAUGGAAACUUUAUGCACAGUGCUCUGCGACAGCAGAAUAACGAUCCUGUUGGUUCUGUUGAGGGAAACGUGGAGAUGGAAUUUGCUUCAUCUCAAAUGAAGCAAUCUAGUGAAGGCAUUGAAGUGGCUAAUGAUGCAUUGAGUGCAAACCAGUUGGCAGCUAAGGCAAUUCAGCUUCGUAUGAAAGGAAAGCAUGAAGAAGCCGAUAAACUUUUGCAAGAAGCAAAGAAGAUAAAGGCAAAGCAGGGUGCUGGUGAUAAUUCAAUUAGACUGCAGAAUGAAGGAACCUCAAGCAGAUAUAUUAUGCAGGAUAGAUCUAUUCGACGAAAGAAGGAUGAGGAUGAUGCUGAUAUGCAUCUAGCUCGAAACAUAAUGCAUAACAAAAAGUUUACUACGUAUGGUCAGGCAGAUGAUGAAUAUGAUUUUGAAGAUGGCCUUAGCAAAAAGGCUCAGAAGAAGGGUGGAGGUAAUGAGCAAAAGGUCACCCAAAAGAGUAUGCGACUGUUAACUCAACAAGAGAGGUGCCUUUUUUGCUUUGAGAAUCCAAAGGCACCAAAACAUCUUAUUGUGUCAAUUGCACAAUUCACAUACUUGAUGUUGCCACAUUGGCAGCCUUUAGUGCCUGGUCAUUGCUGCAUUGUACCACUGCAGCAUGAAUCGGCCACAAGAAUUGUGGAGGAUAAUGUGUGGGAAGAAAUUCGCAACUUCAAGAAAUGCCUUAUUAUGAUGUUUGCAAAGCAAGAGAAGGAUGUGGUGUUUCUUGAAACGGUGAUGGGCUUGGCACAACAACGCCGCCAUUGUUUGAUUGAGUGUAUACCUUUGCCCCAACAAAUUGCCAAACAGGCUCCUUUAUAUUUUAAAAAGGCGAUUGAUGAAGCUGAGGAUGAAUGGAGCCAACAUAAUGCAAAGAAGCUCAUUGAUACAAGCCAAAAGGGGUUGCGUGGUUCAAUUCCCAAAAAUUUUCCGUACUUCCAUGUUGAGUUUGGCCUAUAUAAGGGAUUUGUCCAUGUAAUAGAUGACGAGAAACAGUUUAAGAGCAGCCUCGGCCUUAAUGUCAUAAGAGGCAUGCUACAGUUGCCGGAGGAAGACAUGCAUCGUCGCCGAAGGACGUGCGCUGUGUUCGUGAGAGAGAGAGAGAGGUGCAAAUUUGUAGAUUUCUUCUAUUAUGUGAGCUCUAAGCCGGAGCAAAACUUGUCUGUCUACUUUACAGAAAGUAUAUUUGCUUACAGUAACACUGCAGGUGAAACCAAAAGAAAACGUGCAGAUGCUUGGGUUAAAUUAAAUCUGCUAGCACUUGACUGCUAGGAAGAGUAGGUUAAAUGUAAUCUACACCCUACAGAGAAAUAGUUGACCCUGGUCUGUUGAGUCUAAUCCCCCGAUUAAUGUACCCCACACUGACUGGUUGUUGAUGUUCGAGACAUAUAGGAUAUAAUGAUCCCAUCUGUGAACGUGACAUGUAUAUGAAUCAGAUUAACAACGUUACUUUGUUUUUUUAUUUUUUUAAAUUUUUAAUUGUACUGGACGAUGAGAUACGUUUACCAUAA